AUGGCUCCUCUCAUUCUACAUAAUGUCCCUGACGACGAGUGUUACGUCGGCGAUGAUGGGGUGAAGCGACCAUAUGCCAUGUAUUUCAACCAACAAGAUGCUCCCCAAGGAAGCGCACGAUCACGUCGCAGCGCCGCCGAGUCUGGUUCGUUCGGUAAAUCCACACGGCGCUCACGAUCGCGUACUGGAACACCCGCACGCAGUCGCGAAAAUCCUACACUAGCUGCUGCAGACAAGCUCUUUGGCGACUGGGUAUCCAACCAGGCUGCAACAGCGCCGUCUCAAACUGUUCAGCGUAAGAGCAGUGGUUUGAUGCAAGAAGAUGUUCCCGUCAAGCGAUCUGUUACUUCUACACCCGUCGAGCUCAUCCUUCGCGGCUACCGAUCAUCAACACAGCAGUACGCUGCUAUCUCCCACUAUGAAUCCCUUGCCGGUGCGAUCUUGGAGGAUUACCCUCGUGAACCUCCUGUCAGCCAACGCCGAUACAAAUCUGAGUUGCGUGAUCCUGCCUUUACGCGACGUCGCAACCUGACAGCAGAUGAGCGAGCGAUGGUGAACCACGCAGAUGGCGGAGAGCACUGGGUGAAGGUCACUUUCGAAAGCAGAGAAGCCGCCGAAGCCGCAACUUUUGCCAGCCCUCAAAGGAUACUGGGUCAUCUGGUUUAUGCUGAGCCAUACCGAGGUGUUCCUCCCGCCAAAGACGAGGCUUGUCCCGAUAUCGAGGUCAUCCCAGACCAUUCACGCUCACAGAGUAUGCCUGCUGCUGUUCCUACUGCCAAUGGUCGCAAGAGCUUCAGUGGGCCUACAUCGUUUAACAGCCGGCUCCUCGAUCUCUCUCCUCCUCAUUCGCAGACAUCUAGCUUUACCAUAGAUACCGGAACUAUCAGCAACUCUCACGCUUCCACUGCUACGAUCACCGAGCCUUUCCCUCUUCCUCAAGCUACCACAUCAAGCAUUGAACCCAUGGACGUUCGCGAUGGCGACAGCGUUUUCUGCCGCCGCAUCCCUACUGCCCGUCGCGCUACGAUUCUUCCCGCCGAGCAAGCUCUCCUACCUCAACAGACUAUGAUGCAACGGGUUGUCAAUGCUAUUCCCUUUGUCAAGUGGUUCGGUGGUAGCAUGAUCGGUAACGAAGUACCACGAACCGAGACCGGCGAGUUUGACUGGAGCAAAGCCAGUCUCUACUGGAAGCUUAUCUGGUGGCUCGACGCUACUUUUGGACUAUUCAGCGGCGAUGUACUCAAUGCCGACAAGGACGACUAG